AUGGAAGAGACCAGUUCUCAAGACAAACCUCAAGACGAGAGGGAACAUAAGGAGGAAACGGAGAAUGAGGAACCCGAGCCAACUACUAUGAUACAGGAGCUUAACGCUCAACCUUCUAUUCGAUCAGGUCAUGCCAAUUCGAUUGCUUAUACUGAGAUGACAGAGAAACAAGCUGUCAAGGAGUCUCGUAAAAAGAUAGAAAAUGACAUUCAGUUGCUUAAAAACCGUGUGAGAAUGCUCCAGAAAGAGAAAGCCAAAGCUGACAAGAAGAUCCUCCAAACAAAAACAAAGGCUGAAGAGAUCCUCAAGAGAACUAGCCAUAAUAACAAAUUGUACCAGGACAAGAUCAAACAGAGAGAAAAGCAGAAGAAAGCAGAGAUAGCUCGCAAAUAAAAAGCUCACCGAAGAAAGAAAACAACGUGACCAAAGAAUCAAGAAGAGAAAAGAAGAAAUCCAUGAGAUUAAGAUGGAAGAGGUCAAGAACUGGAGACACAAAGAGAAGCAUAAAAUGACCAAACAGAAACGAGAUGAGGAUAAAUACACCAAGAGCAUCCGGGCCAGACAAGCAGCCGAGAUUAAAUUAAGUGAAGAAAAAGCAAUAGAGAAUAAAAGACUCAGACAAGAAGAGUUAGCUCAAGCUAAUCGAAUUCAAACCCAGAUGAAGAUAGAAGAGGAAGCUAUGAAAAUAGACUCCCUUGAGAAGGAAGCACAAAGUCUUGAAGAGAUAGAACAGGAGUUGUUAAACAAACUCCAAAAUACACAAAUGAUGGAAAAAGACGCAUUCGCAGAACUAGAGAAAGCAAUGAUUGCCUCCUCGGAGAAUAGAAGACAAAGGUUCGAGAAAAAUAGUUAA